UUUGAAAAAACUUGAUCAUAUCGAUCCAACACCCAACAUGCCCAACUCAAGUGAUAAAGACGCAUCCAGUGGUGCCUCGGGUCAAGGAAAUGUCCACCAGAGAUUGACGACAGCCCAGAUCGGGAGGUACAUGCAAGAGCAGGCUACUGCCAACAGACAAAGCCAUGACCUUGAGGACGCUGCUAGUAGCAUGGAUGGCAAUCGCGCCGCUAUGGCAGCAAGGCUAUACGCUACCAUUCAAGAUGUGUUGAACUUGGUCCCAGAAGAUGCUGGCGAGGAAUUUUGAUUGACGGUGGGUGGGAAGAGUGGUAGAGCGAUUCGAUUCUGAUUCAUGCGGCGUGACAACAGACAGAGCAAUCAUCCCCAAUCAUGAUUCAUGCCAAGAGUUUUUGCGAUUGGCUACCUAGCUACCACCAUUAUUUCUCAUUUGGACAUCCCACACACUUGGAAUGCCUUGAGAAUAAAUGGAAAGAACACGAGGGGUACAACAUUACAUACCGUAUCUAGUGAAGCUAUUAUAACUUAUGGGUUGCCAUGGUUUUU